UCUGGGUUUGAAAAUUCGCUUCCUCUUUUUGCCGCUUUGGUUGUCUUUCCACCUUUCCUCCAUGUUGGAUACCGUCGCGUAGUAUAAAUUUCCUCGGGGGAAGGGCCCGUCCACCCCUGGACCACGCUUCUACCCCAUUUACCCGACCAAAUCCACCAUUAUGACCCAUUUUUACCCCCUAGAAACAAAAUUUGUAACAUUUAGCAGAAAUUCUGACAGAACUUUUCGUUUUUUGGCGUUUUUUCCGGCUGAUUAUCGAUGCGAAAUGACCCCAUACGGGGCCAGCCCGACUCGCUCAAUCCGGGUUCCUCGGCGCCUCGCGCCGAAAACAUUCAGACACGGGCUCGCCGAUUCCGGCCGAUCCCGUCAAAAAUUGGGCCAAAUCUGCAGAAAUUGUUUAAUUUCACACCUUGCAUAUGCUUUCACGAGCAGAAGGCGUCGAAAACGCCGCGUUCUGAGCUCAUUUUCAGCCAUUUUCGUGCUGGCUGCGGGCCCGGGUGUCAAUCAAGAUGGCUUCGGGCUUGGUCACGAGGUUUGGGGAAGGCGCGCCGGAUUGUGUAUCGGUGACACGGUCACGCACUGCUCGCCUGGAGGAACCGCCUGGCCCCGCCCGGCGCCAACAACCCGUCCGCUGGGGAAUUCAACCCCCUUACUCCCAGAUUCCGAAAGUCACAGCUCACCAGCGAGAGCCACGAGAGCCGGAGCAAGCUCUGCAGCUUCACCCAACAAAGGAGCCAAGUCCAAGACUGCCAGCAGCAUGGCUGCAGGGGUGAACGGGCUGAAGGUCAAGGUCAAGGAGGAGGCCCAGGAAGGAGGUGGGUAUCAAAAGUUGUGGAACCUUGACACCACUAAAGAACUGCUGGACAGAAUCGGGAAGGUUUUGCCGCCUGAUGAUAUGGUGAAGUUCAAGACCAGAGAAGAGAGGAUGGACUGGUCCGAUGUUGCGUUUGGCGGGUUCACAGGAGACCAAUGCAAGGAGAAAUGGCAGAAAAUCUCCAAUGAGAUCCGAAAGUUCCGCACAAUGUCAGAGUUGAUAGCAGAUGCCAAGGAAUGGCUCAAGAACCCAUUUGACAACAAGAAGAAGCCAGAGAAGCUUUAUCCAGACCUGCCCAAGAAGCCGUUGACACCGUACUUCCGCUAUUUCCUUGAGAAACGUAAGAAGUACGCAGAAGGUCACCCUGAGAUGGACACAGUAGAGGUCACCAAAAACCUCUCACAGAAGUUCAAGCAGCUUCCGGAACGGAAGAAGGCCAAAUACAUGCAGCAGUAUCUGAAAGAGAGAGAAGAAUACGAAGCUAACAUGGUCAGAUUCAGACAAGAGCACCCAGACUUUGCAGAAGAGGAGGUGAAGAAGAAGGGAAAGACAGAUGAACCAACCAAACCAAAGACUCCCGUCCAAAUGUUCAUCCAAGAAAAGGUGGACGACUACAUGAAAGCCCACCCGAACGGCAAUAAGCGAGAAGCCACAGACGCCCUGCGGAAGCAGUGGAACGCUCUGACAGACGGCAAGAGAAUCAAGUGGAUCAACAAGGCGCUGGGGGUGCAGAAAAAAUACACGGCUGAAAUGGAGCAGUACGUUAAGGACCACCCAGACUUUGAGAGGACAACCCAGCGGCCGCUGCUGACCAAGGCAGAAAGGAAACUAAAGGAGAAAAGCGAGGGGCGGCCGGAUAAGCCUCCUCCGAAUGGCUAUAGCCUGUUUUGCCAGGAGCUGAUGCUGAAGCUCACAGAUGUGCCCAACAAGGAGCGCAUGCAGGAGUGCAGCCGGCGCUGGAAAACCAUGUCUCAGAAGGAGAAGGACGGGUACCAGAAAAAGGCAGAGGAGCUUAAGACCAGCUUUGAAUUUGACUUCCAGAGGUACUUAGAGACCCUGACACCGGAAGACAAAGAGCGGGUACUAUCUGAAGAAAAGGGAGGGACCAAACCCAAACCGGCUGCCGAGGAAAAUGGCCAAUCCACAACAACUAGAUCCUCUGCAGCAAAACCGAAGCGCCCGAUCUCGGCAGUUUUCUUCUACCAGCAGGAGAAGCGGCAGAAGCUUCGCGAGAAAUACCCGUCCCUCUCCAACCAGGAGAUUACGCGCAUGCUGGCACGAAAGUGGAGCGAGCUCUCCGACAAGAAGAAGGAGAAAUACAAGAAGAUGGAGGAAGAGGCACGAGGAGAAUAUGAAGACCAGAUGCAGUCAUUCCUGAAAGCGAACCCAGACUACAUGCGGGACGGAAACUCUGCCAUGAUGAAGAAGAAACCUCCUCCUUCUGAAGCCAGGACGGCCAUGGAGCUGUGGCGGGAAGACAAGAUGGAGAGCUACGUCUCAAGAUACAGGAAUGACAGAAAGCGUGCGACCGAUGCCCUGACUGCUGAGUGGGAAAAACUGCCCAAGAGAGAGAAGCAGCCGUGGCUCCAGGCAGCUGCUGAGGACAAGAAGAGAUACGAGAGAGAGCUAGCAGACUAUGAGAAACAGACCAAGACCGGCAGUAGCGGUGCAGGUAACAAGACGGGCAAGCUGUUUGAGGGGGAACCAAAGAGGCCUCCUACGAGUGGCUAUCAGCUGCUAUCCAUGGAGCUCCUCGGCAAGUUGACGGAUUUGGACCACCGCGAGAGGAUGUCCGAGAUCGGCCGGCGGUGGAAGGCCAUGAGCGAUAAGGAACGUGCAGCGUACAACCAGCGAAGUCAGGAGCGUAUGCAGCAGUAUCACAGGGACCUCCACUCCUGGUUAGAUAAUCUUCCUGCAGACAUUAGAGAAAGAUAUGAGCAGCUGCACCCCAGCAUCGGCAAGAAGAGAAAGCGGGAAGCGAACAGUCCUCUCUUCGCCAAGAUGAUCAAGAAAGAGAAGGAGGAAGCUUCCGAGGAAGAGUCAGAAUCCGAGGGCUCGGAUGAAGAUGAUGAGGAAGAAUCAGGUGACGAGGGAUCUGGAAACGAAGGAUCGGGAUCCGGCUCUGGAUCUGGCUCCGAAUCUGAAGGCAGCGAAUCCGGCUCCGAGUCUGGAUCCUCAAGCGAGGAGGAAGACAAUGAAUCUGGUUCAGGAGGAGAAGAAGAUGAAGAAGAAGGGAGUGGAGAUGAGGAGGAGGCUGAGAAAAGUAGCUCCAGUAGUUCUGAGUCCGAGUCGAGUAGUUCGGGAUCAGAGUCGGAAUCCGAAGAAGAGUGAAAAAAAGGAGGUCGAAUUGUUGCUUUUUUUCGUGAUGGAAUUUAGAAUUUCACAGGGAAUUUGGAAUAUCUGAUCAAUUUUUAAGUCAAGCUUUCCUAUGGUUUUGGCCACACCAAUUUAAUUUCUUGGUUGCUUGAGUAAAAAUUCACCAAGAGGACAACAUGAAUACAGAGGACUGGGGAAAACUUGAACCCAACUACAUUUGUUGACAGAAAUUGUGUUCACAAAUUGUGUUAAACAGCCAGGGUACAGAAUUUUCCACCAGACUCUGUUUAGAUGUUGUUCUCCUAUUUGCGACAUUUUUCUUUUAAAUCCAUGAACCAGCAAAUUAAAUCUGUGUAGCCUUAACACUACUGAUUCCGAAUGCCAAACGUUGCAGGGAAAUUGGAAUAUCUAAUAAACCUUUAAGUAAAAUGUUACGGAAAUAACAAAACCGUAACAUUUAGGAGGGAAGCUUAUCCUUUCGGUUGAGUUCGAGAACUUACUUAGCUGCUCCUCUAAAAAGUUGACACUCAAGGCUUGAAAGUUUAUUAGAUUUCCAAAGUCCUGGCGUUGUUCGAGUGAACAGAGCUCUUUUUCCUUCCUGACCACCUCCUCAGAAAUGGUUGGUUUUAUAUGUUAAUCUUUGUUAAAUUGUAAAUACCAGAUAUUAGAGGUAGGUGGUAUAGUGAGGGAAUUAUGAAAUGUAGGUAUGAUGAUCACAAAAUCUUGUUUUAAACUAAAUCAGGAGGUGAAAAGCGAUUCCUUUGUCAUCUGAACCCUUUUGAUACACCUUUUUGUCUCGCUAGAAAAAUCUGUGGACCAAGUCAAGUGAGUGAGGGAAGAAAAGAAUGAAUGAAAGGAUGAUACAAAUGCAAGUGCAAGAAUAGAAGAGAGAAACAGGCAAACAAAAAGUUGCCUUUAAUCAAAGUGAGUUUAGAUUCUUUUGUAAACGAUGUCGGGCACAUUUUGGCCGAGCAAAGGAAUGUACUUGUUGUAAAGACAUAAUCGAUUCGAAAGACUGGUACUAAAUUCCUAAUUUUAACCAUGGCAAUAGGUAAAAUGCAGCUGAUAUACCAGUGAUUGUGUGUGAUAUUUGAAAGUAUGUUUCAUUAUUCGCUUUGUUUAGAUAGCAAGGAAAUUUGUGUGCCAUUGGCAAAAUGCCUGGCUCAGUGAUAUUCUAAUUUCAAUCGUAACGUAAUCUGUGUUCAUCAACUUGUAGAUGCUUCUGCUGCUUUUCAGUCUGUUACAUUUUUUAUCCUAUCUUUGAAGACGGAAAACAAAGUUGAUGGUUGAUCCACAACAAGGAAGAAA